UACGUUUACGUAGUGAACUAAUCGGAUAUUCGAAAUUGAAAUACUGACUAUGAGUACUGGUCACUGAAUAGUGGGUACGUUAGUUAUUCUUUAUUUUUUUUUUAUUAACUAAUCUGUUUCAUGUUUCAACAUCCUUGAAAAAGUUAAAAAUUCAAAAUAACGAUUUUAAUUAAUAAUGAUACAAGUAGUGAUUGUCAGUUAAUUUACAAGUUAUUAAUUAUUUCGUGUAAGUCAUAAUUCGUAUAACUGUAAUAUACCCAUCGCUGUUUAGUGUACCAGUAUUACUUUUCAGUACUUUUAACUUUGAGUGCAGUGUGUAUAAUUAUAAAUUUUACCCAUUCUUUUGUCUGUAUUGUAUACAAUUUAUCAGGUUUUGUAUUUUUAAUAAUAAUUGAAAAUUUUUAGUAAUAUGGAUUCAAUAAGAGUAGCAAUUCGUGUUCGUCCUCUUGUAAAAUCUGAAUUAGAUCGUGGAUGUUCAAAUUGUGUGUUAGCAGAUUCCGUUAACCAGCAGAUAAUUGUGAAUAAUAAUGCUAACUUAACAUUUACAUUUAAUUAUGUAUUUAGUCCUGAAAAUUCUCAAAACCAAGUUUAUCAUUCAGCUGUUGAAGAUUUAGUUCAAAAAUUGUUUAGUGGAUAUAAUGUUACCAUAUUAGCAUAUGGCCAAACCGGUUCUGGUAAAACUCAUUCAAUGGGUACAAAUUUUGUAGAGGAUGACAAUGAAGAAGAAAAGGGUAUUAUUCCUCGAGCUAUCCAAAAUAUUUUCAAUGAAGUGCAAAAUAAAUCGGAAGAAGCUAAAUUUUCAAUUAAAGCAUCAUUUAUUGAACUUUAUCAAGAACAAGUGUAUGAUCUUUUAUCUCCUAAUAGAGCUACUCUUGACAUUAGAGAAGAUGGCCGUGGAAUUUGUAUUCCUGGUUUAACUGAAAUAGGUGUAACUGAUUUUUCUUCAACACUUCAAUGCUUAGUACAGGGUUCUAGUGGUAGAGCAACUGGUGCAACUGCAAUGAAUGCUCAAUCAUCUCGUAGCCAUUGCAUAUUUACGCUAACUAUUAGUCAAAUGCAAGAAAAUGGAAAUAAUACAACUGCCAAAUUUCAUUUGGUAGAUUUGGCUGGAUCAGAACGAAGCAAAAAAACAAAAGCUACUGGUGAAAGAUUUAAAGAAGGUGUUAAUAUUAAUAAGGGUCUCCUGUCUUUGGGAAAUGUUAUUACUUCCUUAUGUGAGAAAUCUGCUCAUAUUUCUUAUAGAGAUAGCAAACUUACCCGUUUAUUGCAAGAUUCUUUGGGUGGAAAUUCUGUUACAUUGAUGAUUGCAUGUAUUAGUCCUGCUGACUAUAAUAUGGAUGAAACUGUUAGUACUUUAAGAUAUGCUAAUAGAGCAUUACAAAUUAAAAAUAAGCCAGUUAUAAAUCAAGAUCCCAUUACUGCCCAAAUUUCUGCACUUUCCAAAGAAAAUCAUGAUUUGAAAUUAAAAAUAGUUGCAAUGGAAACUAAUGGUUUUGUCAGUUGUCCACCAGAACAUAUUACAUUGCAAAAAACUAAUAAGGAUUUACAAGAAAAGAUUCGUGCUAUGAGUCAAGUAUUGAGUGAAUACAUGACACAAAGUGCAUCAUUAAACAUGAAAGCAUUAUUAGCUGAAACUGGACGUGAUACAAUGAAAAAAAAUCUUGAAGAAUUAAAAUUAGAUUUUGAAAAUGCACUAAAGUGCAAUAAUUUAGAAGAAUUUUACAAUAUAAAACAUAAGAUUGGCUCAAUUAUGGAUGAGCAUAAUCGAACUGAAGUAGAAAUUAGCGGAGAUGACUAUGUUACUGCUACUGAAGACAUAGAUGAAGAUGAUGUAUCUGAGCCAGAUAAUGAAACUGAUCAUACUAAGGAACAAAUGGUUAUGGAAACAAUUCAGUUAAAUCGCGAACUUAACAAACUGAAUAAAGAACUAGCUAUGAAGGAACAUUUAGCUGCUAAACUAAUUGAAUCAGUUUCUCAUAUUGGCGAAUAUUGUCCUGAAGAAAGUACUGAAGAAUUGAAAAAUAAACUUGAACAAUUAAAACAAGAACGUGAUCAAUUAGAAGAAGCUCUUAAAGCUGCUCAAACAAACAAUAUUAAUUCUAAGUUAUCAGAACAAAGACGUAAAAAGUUGCAAGAGCUUGAGCAAAAAAUAUCAAAUCUAACUAAGAAAUGUUUGGAACAAGAUCGAAUUAUUAAGAUGAAAGCUAAGAAUGAUAAAAAAGUAGAAAAUUUAAAUAAUGAAAUAAAGAGUAUUAAAGUUAUGAAAGUAAAAUUAAUUCAACAAAUGAAAAGUGAAAAUGAAAAAUUUAGGCAGUUUAAGUUAGAACGUGAUCGGGAACUUUGUCGAUUAAAAGAAAAUGAACGUAAACAAAAAAAUCAAAUGAUUCGUAUGGAACGAUUACAUGUUAGGCAACAAGCAGCUCUGAAACGUAAAUUAGAGGAAGCUGCAAAUGUUAAUAAAAGACUCAAAGACGCUCUUGCAGUUCGUAAAGCUAUUGAGGUUAAAAGAGAUGAGGCAUUUAUGCCAAAAGCUCAGCGUAUUCAAAAAUGGGUAAAUGAAGAGUUGGAUGUACUAAUGAGUACAGUUGAUGCGGAAAAAACUUUAGAGCAAUUGGAAAUAGACCGAGAAACUAUAUAUAAAAUGAUACAGAGAUGUGAAGAACAACUGGAAACAACAGGACUCACAGAUGAAUUUAAAUUCAGUUUAAAAAUGGAUAAAAAUGAAAUAACUGAAGAAUUACAGUUAAGAACUGCUCAGAUAAUGGAACUUAGACAAAAAAUAUUUGAUAGUAAUGAAGAAUUGAUGAAAAAAAAUCGUUUUGAUCAUUUAACAACUAUUGCUGAUACCAAAACUGCUUUAAAACAUGUAUUCCAUGUUGCUGCCGAUAAUAGGAGAGCUAUGUUAGAAUUACAGAAUCAAAUCGAGGAUCUUAAAGCAUCUUUACUUGAAAAGGAAGAUAUUAUUAAAAGUGGAGAAAAAAAAAUAUUAGAUUUAAUGAACAAACAUCAAAAGCAAGUGGAACAACUUCAAAAAGAAUAUGAAGACAAUAUUCUAGUUUUACUGAGACAAUUGAAUGAAAAAGAGAGAGUAUCAAAUGGAGGUAAUGGUGGUGAAUUUGCAGAACGAUUUAGGAUCUAUGAUGAUCAACUUAGUAAAUUUGAGCAGCUAAGAGAUGAAUUAAAUCAAAAAGACAAGUUAAUAUUAGAUCUUCAAACAGUUGUAAAUAAUGGAAUUGGUUCACAUCAUUCAAAGUCUUCAAAAUCUAAAAAUAUGAAUACUUCCCCUAUAACUCCAACUAACAUUGAGGUUGAUGAUACCAAAGAGAAUUGUGUAGAUAUUACACCAUUACGUCGACGUUUAAACAAGCUAAAACGAGAAAGCAGGAUGUUUGAACCUUCCGAAGAACGUGCAAACCGCUUGAAUUUAAAGAGGAAUGCUGAAGGACAACCUAUGUGUUUAUGCAUUAAAAAUUGUUUAAAAAAUAUUUGUAUGUGUCAAAAAAAGAAUUUGUCAUGUUCCAAGUAUUGUAAAUGUUCUGCUGCAGUGUGCACUAACAGACAUUCGCCUAAACAUGAACCUAUCCAAGAAGAAGAAGAAGAAGAAACUUUUGAGAAUGUUUUGAAUCAAACAUUUAAAAAACCAAAAACUGAAUUGUCCACAAUAGCAGACAUAGCAAAUGAAACAUAUGAUAAAAUUUUAGUAUAAUAAAUAUAAUUUGAAUAAUAUUAAUGUAGAUAAAUAACAUUUUUAAUUUAUACUCUUGUAUCAUGUUUCAUUUUUAGACCAACUCUAAUUUAUUUAUUUAUUUAUUUGUUU